AUGGCAUCCAUCCCAUCCAGCGGCUCGCUCAUGGCCACGCACAACUACCGCAGAAGGCGCCUGAGCUCAACAUCCAGCAACAGCUCCUGUGGCAGCUCGGAGUACUCUGGGGAGGUCAUCCCCCACCCCCCGGGUCUGCCCAAGUCUGACCCCGCACUCUUCUUUGGGAAGACGACCCACCCAGCCAUGACAACCGUGUCAGAGUCCCCAGAGAGCUUGGGAACUCUGCGUGUGACCACAGGACCAAUGGCCUGUGGCCUGGUGCCAUCCCCAGGAGCAGGACGGAGGCGCCAUGCCAGCGAGCCCAGCUCUGGGCCUUCGGUGUGA